AACAAAGCCGCAUUAAUGAAAGCGCACCGGAGGGUCCAGGAGACACUACGGAAGCGGUCGACCGUCAAAUCAACACUCCUGCGCCCACCACGUGGGCCAGGGCUUGAUGACAUUUGUUGCCCAGCUGCUGGUGCUACCGCGACGCACUUGGAGCAAAGCUUCUGCUUAUUUCCUCUGCCUGCACCUUAUAUUUGUUGUGUUUAUCAAGACCUGGCCUGUCUCUGCCUCAUUGAAGACAAAUGGACACAAGUACUGGUCGCUGUUGGUUUGCCCAGUCUGAGCGUGACAGAAGACCUGAUGAACAUGCAGCACUGCAAUUUGCUGUGUCUUCCAGAGAACUAUCAGAUGAAGUAUUACUUCUACCACGGUCUGUCGUGGCCACAGCUCUCAUAUGUGGCCGAGGAUGAGAAAGGAAAGAUUGUUGGCUACGUACUUGCAAAAAUGGAAGAAGACUCUGACGAAAAUGAUCCUCAUGGUCACAUCACUUCUCUGGCUGUAAAGAGGUCGCACAGGCGUCUUGGCCUGGCUCAGAAGCUGAUGGACCAGUCAUCUCGUGCCAUGGUGGAGUGCUUCAAUGCCAAGUAUGUGUCUCUACAUGUACGCAAGAGUAAUCGGGCAGCCCUCCACCUCUACACUAACACUCUUGGAUUCAUGAUCAACGAGAUUGAGCCAAAAUACUAUGCUGAUGGUGAAGAUGCAUAUGCCAUGAAGAGAGACCUUGUGAGCUUUGCAGCCCAGAACAAGCUGAGCCCCACUGACCCGGUCAGCUUCUUUGACUCUAAAAGCAGCAAGAAGGAACGCGACAAAGAGCCAGACACUGAGAAGCACUAGUACUUCACCUGCUGAAGCAUAUGUCAAAUAAAUUGUGUGAGGUUGAUAUGCAGUGACAGUCGAUUUACUGCACUGUUCUAGGUAAAUUUGUGCAGUUAUUAUUAGCCAAUUUAUGUCUACUGCGGGACGAAGGCCUCUCCCAGUGAUCUCCAGUUACCGCUGUCUUACGCUAGUUGAUUCCUAAUUUCAUCACACCACCCAAUUCUCUGCCAUACCCGCCAACGCUUCCCUUCUCCGGGCACCCAUUCUGUAGCUUUAAAGGGCCCCUCACCAGGUCUGACCAUUUUGAGCUGACAAGCGCAGUGCAUACAAUGCGCGCUAAUGAUCAUCGUGUCUGCUAAGUAUUACAUCGCUAAGCGCCGCGGAAAAAGCUGAAAUUUCAAACCGAAUGCCGUUUGCCCUUCUCCUCGCGGUGCCGCACUCCAAGCCGGAGGGUGACGUACACGUGCGCCUAUGUACAGUCGCGUGCAAUAUGAGCUGCAACACGGUGCACGUACUGAAAAAGUCCUCGAGAUUUAACGGUGGCGCCUACAUUCAAGAACUUGGUACCAGUAAUUCUAAGGGUGUUUAGUCCUCCAGUUAUUCUUAUGUCGGCGCCGCCGUGCGGUCUUGGUGUCCUUUUGAACAUGGACACCGUGUUGCAGCUCAUAUUGCACGUGACUGUACAUGUGUUUGUGCUGUGACGUUGCUCAUAGUGACUUGCAGAGUUAUUCAAGGCAACGUCUGUUAUUUGUGUAAUCUGUUGCUUCCGUAGACGAAUUAAAGUUGCAUUACAUGCAUUACCUGGCCUGCCCAGUUGCAUUUUUACCUCUUAAUAUCAACUACUCCCAUUAACACUCAAGUCCGCACUGCUGUCUUUCUGUGUUAAAAGGCACCACGCCACAUAGCAAAUAUUGGUUAUAUGCUGGAAAUUGUUAACAUGCCGUCUAGGGAGUGUUCUACCGCAAUAAUUUUUCACAUUGCUUUGUUAUUAGCGGAUAUAGAAAUAUUUCAAGUGUUCCGAACCCACAAUUUCACGAGGCGAGCUUCACUGCCAAUAUCGACACUUGCCCCGUCGAGAGCGAAAUUCCUUCUUCCUGCCGGGGAGGUCGCGCCGCAGUCUGCGCCUUCUUUUUUACUGCGCGGCACACCACAGAACACCUAUACAAACUUAAGAGAAGCAAAACUGUACCUUCCACAGUGCAAUGGAAAUAAGGGCACAUUCACACCGGCGACUUGAGGAGGUCGCGCGACCAUUUGCGACUCGCAAUCAAAAAGCGACCGAAGGCGACUGAUGCUCACACCGGCAAGCCCGGCUGAGCGCGACCCGCAAGUCGCAAUCCCGGAGAUUAUCGUUCUCAGCGAGAACUCUCGGAACCUACGCGGAAUUUGAACGCGACGCCGGAGGAGGCCGGAUGUAGACACACGAAAGAUCACUUCCGGUGCGCCGCUGAUUGGUUUAUCAGUUUUGCGACCACGGUCGCGCGACUGAAAAAUCGCGCAGAGAGCGACUGGCCCAAAAUGGUCGCUUUUCAAGAAAGGCGACCGUUUGCGACCAUUUGCGACUGGUCGCUUUGCGACCAACUUGGUCGCGCGACCACUGUCAGUCGCCGGUGUGAAUGAGCCCUAAGAGUAGCGGUGGCAUUGCGAACUAAAGUAUGCGACCGAGAGACGGUGCUGGCACUAUUAUCAUCAUCAUUACGUAGCGAGCAAUAUGGCCGCUAUGGUAGCGGCUGGUGGGGUUCGUUGUGUUUUGCUACCGCUUUCAGAGCGGUGUUCAUGUGUACGAUACUCUAAAAUGACUAUCGAUACCUUUAUUAUAUCGCCAAGCGAUCGAGAGGCCUCAACUGGCAAAAAAACACGUCAUACAAGUAAGCUUACAUUGUUUAUUGUCAAUUGUGAAUGAAGCAGUACAGGUCAGUGGAGAUAAUGCUGUCAGUUACUGAGUUUACAACAUACAGAAACACAGAUAGUAAUCUAUUUAACGGAAUCGGAAGCUGAAAUCGAGCGAAGUUUUCUCGUCGCGUUUGGCGUGCCGCUAAAGCAAGGACAACGAUAUUGCGCUCGCCUGCGCUAGUACUUGUGCUCCAUACAGUGCUGUUUGACGUGUUCCAUACUAUAUGUAUGUUGUCUGCCUUCGACAAUUUCAGCUAGAUUUAAAAAAGAAACUUAAGAAGUGCUCAGCAAACAUGUACUGUCAGUAAGGUAAGCUCAAGCUGCAAUGUCGCAUUGUUUUCAUAACACAUUGGCGACAGGGGUGAAGUCUAGAGGAAAAAAGAACGUCAUACUAAAUUUUAGAUCACAUAUUGUGUUCUUGAUAUUUCUACUGCACAUUUAGUGUUCAGCUGCAGCAGUAAAAGCUUUGACACAAGUGGAGUACCUACUCGUAGGAAGUCGAGGAACAUUAUGGAGACGACAGUGCUUACAAGGACCUCUGCCAAUAUUGUGUGUAAACAACGACUCUAAAUAAACAUAUAAGUAUGCCCAAUUAAUGCUCACAAAUCCUUGUAAAAUGCAAUUUACGGUUUCAUGUUGACAAAACAUCUCGGUUUGCGUGUUCAAACAAUGCAAAAAGGUUACAAGGAGAUGAACACGUCAGUUGAGUAACAGAGGUGAGCAAGGGAAGCCUCAGCCUGUAGCCAACGUUUAAAAAAUCAGACGUAUUUGUGAGGGCGGUGACGAAGAUAAGUUCCCACGCUGAGGCUUCCCUUGCUCGUCCACUGUUUAUUGGCUGAAUGUUAAGCCAAACUUUGAGUAUAUUUCAAAAACUUUUUGUGAACAGACUGUCCUCAGGUAUGUCGUCUGCUGUUUGAAGAGAAAGAAAAAUUCAUUUUAUUGGUUCGUCAUGUUUGAGAAGUGUGGAGUAGGCCAGUUGUGUGAAGUUGCCUGUUCCAGCCAUUUCUUACGGUGCAGGGCUAGCCUAGUUGCAGAUUUCUGCAAAGGAAAAAUGCAAUAUCCAGAUCUAAUUCUAACCCUGUCACUUACCAUCUUAACAAUGCUCCCUUAGAUUUCAUCAUGUUUUAUAUAUAUAUUGGUGUACAUAUUACAAAUAAUUUAAAUUGGACCAAUAUAGAGUAUGUCAUUAACAAUGCUAUUCACCUGCUUGGGUACUUACAGCGCAACUUUUUCAAAGCGCUGUCUACUUUAAAGCUACACCUUUACAGCACGCUAAUAUGCUCACAACUUGAAUAUGCAUCUGCAAUAUGGGAUCCCAGUUGCGUUAGCCUUACUACUUCACUUGAACUAGUACAAAACUCUGCUUGUUUCAUUCUGCCUAAUUAUAACUGUACCGCGAGUAUAACCUUAAUGAAGCUAACCAGCACUUAUUCCCCUAGCUAUUCGCCAUGUUUCGCUAUUUCAUUAAAAUUUCCGUCGUACCGCACUUCACGACGACUUCAUACCGCAGCCUCAAGUACAUUUCAAACUGCAUUGAUCAUCGCAGUAAUGCAGGGAUUGAUUCUUGCUACACGAAGUCUUUCUUUCAAUCUCAUCCUCCGUACAUCUCAGGAAUGGAACCACCUUCCCUCAAGUAUCGUAGCCAUCACGGAUAACAAACAUUUUUUUGCAGAACAUUAGCUAACAUUGUAUAAUCAGGAGAAUCAUUGUAUUACUUCUCUGGCUGCCUUCCGGUAACUUCUGGCGUUCCGCAGGGGAGCGUACUUGGCCCUCUACUUUUUUUACUAUAUAUUAAUGAUAUUGUCAAUGUCGUUAACACUCCAGUUCAGAUUCGUCUAUUUGCUGAUGACUGUGUUUUGUUUAGAGAAGUUACCUGCAUUACUGACCAAUAUGACCUUAACUCUAACUUAGACAAUGUGUUGAAAUGGUGUGAGCAAUGGGGAAUGCUUCUUAAUACAACUAAGUGUGUCUAUCUCCCCAUAACGUGCAAAAAAGUCCCCUUAGACUACACUUACAAUUUAGCUGCAGCACCUUUACUGAAAGUAACAUGCUAUAAAUAUUUAGGCUUAACAUUAACGAGUGACUUAUCAUGGAACUUGCACAUAAAUACCAUCUGCUCUGCCGCUUUCCGGAAACUAUGCCUUCUGCGCCACAAACUCAAGUCUGCUCCGUCUAGUGUUAAACUACUCUCUUACUUUUCCUUAAUUAGGCCAAAACUUGAGUAUGCCUCCAUAGUUUGGGACCCUCACACAAAAAUUAACAUUAAGAACCUAGAAAGAAUUCAAAGAAAAGCAGUACGAUUUAUUUACAGUAAAUUUGAGGCUACUGACUCCCCCACUGCAUUACUAACCGAUAACGGUAUUGAACUACUACAAAUUCGAAGAAAGAAAAGUCGGCUAGAGUUUCUUUCAAACUUAAUUAAUCAUAGGAUUGCCUUAGACACCGCAAAAUACGUAUCCCCCUUGACAAGCAGACCCACUCGGCACCACUACCCUCAUUCUCUUAACACCCAUUUUCGCAAGGACUGACACUUUUCGGUACUCUUUUUUUCCACAAACAAUAGAUGACUGGAAUAAACUAACUGAAGCAUACCCCCAGCGCCCGUGAGCUGUAUAUAAUUUGUGUAAAUCUUGUUAUUUCGUGUAUUGUUAUAGUUUUAUUGUAAUCAAGUUAAAAUUUUUCUUAAUCGUCUACCUUACGACCAAACAAUUUGUGUGAAAAACGUGUUACACACUUGUUUCAUCUUGUUCUUCUGUGUAUAUCAUCUUUGUUUUUUGCUCACCCUGCUUGGACUUCUUGUCCGCAGUAUUGUAUAAAUAAAUAAAAAAUAAAUUACCAAAACUCA